AUGGGUCACUCCGCAGGUCUCCGCGCUGGCACCAGAUAUGCCUUCAGCCGCGGCUUCAAGAACCACGGCGCGAUUAAGCUGUCCACCUACCUGAAGACCUACAAGGUCGGUGACAUCGUCGAUGUCGUCGCCAACGGCGCCGUCCAGAAGGGUAUGCCCUACAAGGUCUACCACGGCAAGACCGGCGUCGUCUACAACGUCACCAAGUCCGCGGUCGGUGUCAUCCUCUACAAGCAGGUCGGCAACCGCUACAUCGAGAAGCGCAUCAACGUCCGCAUCGAGCACGUCCGCCACUCCCGCUCCCGCGAGGAGUUCAUCAACCGCGUGAAGGAGAACGCCGCCAGGAGGAAGGCCGCCAAGGCCGAGGGCCAGAGCGUCCAGCUCAAGAGGCAGCCUGCCCUUCCCAGGGAGGCCAGGACCGUCAGCACCAAGGACAACCGUCCCGAGACCGUCACUCCCAUCCCGUACGAGACCACGAUCUAA